AUGGACAAGCACAUCAAGAUGUCCUACUGCCACUUUGAGGGCUUCAAGGUGCUCGCAAAGAACUACCUACAUGUCAUUGAACACGAGCUGUUUGGGGAACUUCAGCGCCUGCUCGAGGAGACCGACAUGUCGCCUGCUGACGUUGCAGAGAACCUGAUGCCCAUGUCCAAGAAGAAAAAGAGGGACCCAGAUGUGUGCUUGAUAGGCCUACUCGAGGCGCUCAAGCAGGCCAAGGAGGAAGUGGCGGCGGCCAUGGUGAAGGAGGCAGAGGAGGCUCAAGCGAAGAAAGCCAAGGAGAUAGAGGUGAAGAAAGCCAAGGAUGGAGACAAAGAGAAGGACAAAGCACCCGAGGCAACCAAUGGGGAUAUUAAGCAAGGUGACAAGUGA